GACGUAGUGAAUGUGAUGGCCGCCGCGAGGCCGGGAAGGUGAAGUAAGUCGGGACUGGUGGAGUCAGCACAAUCAACGUCAGAGACAGGACAGACAACAACUCAAAACCUUUUCAUCUUUUUGACUCCAGCCAUGUUCAUGAUGUCCACCCUGUGAAGAUCUCUCACCAUCCGAAAAACGCAAUGUCCCUGCUCUUCUCUCGAUGCAACUCCAUCGUCACAGUCAAGAAGGAUAAGAGACACAUGGCUGAGGUGAAUGCUUCCCCACUCAAGCAUUUCGUCACUGCCAAGAAGAAAAUCAAUGGCAUUUUUGAGCAGCUGGGCGCCUACAUCCAGGAAAGUGCCACCUUCCUUGAAGACACCUACAGGAAUGCGGAACUGGACCCGGUUACAACAGAGGAACAGGUUCUGGAUGUUAAAGGUUACCUGUCCAAAGUGAGGGGCAUCAGCGAGGUGCUGGCCCGGCGGCACAUGAAAGUGGCUUUCUUUGGCCGGACGAGCAAUGGGAAGAGCACCGUGAUCAAUGCCAUGCUCUGGGACAAAGUUCUGCCCUCUGGGAUCGGCCACACCACCAAUUGCUUCCUGCGGGUGGAGGGGACAGAUGGCCAUGAAGCCUUCCUCCUCACUGAGGGCUCAGAGGAGAAGAGAAGUGUCAAGACCGUGAACCAGCUGGCCCAUGCCCUGCAUCAGGACGAGCAGCUGCAUGCCGGCAGCCUGGUGAGUGUCAUGUGGCCCAACUCCAAGUGCCCCCUUCUGAAGGAUGACCUCGUGCUGAUGGACAGCCCUGGUAUUGAUGUCACCACAGAGCUGGACAGCUGGAUUGACAAGUUUUGCCUGGAUGCUGAUGUGUUUGUGCUGGUGGCCAACUCGGAGUCCACCCUGAUGCAGACGGAAAAGCAAUUCUUCCACAAAGUGAGCGAACGCCUCUCCCGCCCAAACAUCUUCAUCCUGAACAACCGUUGGGACGCAUCUGCCUCGGAACCCGAAUACAUGGAGGAGGUUCGGCGGCAGCACAUGGAGCGUUGCACCAGCUUCCUGGUGGACGAGCUGGGCGUGGUGGAUCGGGCCCAGGCUGGGGACCGCAUCUUCUUUGUAUCUGCCAAGGAGGUGCUCAACGCCAGGAUCCAGAAAGCCCAGGGCAUGCCUGAAGGAGGGGGUGCUCUUGCAGAAGGCUUUCAAGUGAGGAUGUUUGAGUUUCAGAAUUUCGAGAGGAGAUUUGAGGAGUGCAUCUCCCAGUCUGCAGUGAAGACCAAGUUUGAGCAGCACACGGUCCGGGCCAAGCAGAUCGCGGAGGCCGUCCGCCUCAUCAUGGACUCUCUGCACAUAGCAGCUCAGGAGCAGCGGGUUUACUGCCUGGAAAUGCGAGAAGAGCGGCAAGACCGACUGAGAUUUAUUGACAAGCAGCUGGAGCUUUUGGCUCAGGACUAUAAACUUCGAAUUAAGCAGAUUACAGAAGAGGUGGAAAGACAGGUGUCGACUGCAAUGGCAGAGGAGAUUCGGCGCCUCUCGGUGCUGGUGGACGAGUACCAGAUGGAUUUCCACCCUUCUCCAGUAGUCCUCAAGGUUUAUAAGAAUGAAUUGCAUCGCCAUAUAGAGGAAGGACUGGGCCGAAACAUGUCGGAUCGCUGCUCUACAGCCAUCACCAGCUCCCUGCAGACCAUGCAGCAGGACAUGAUAGACGGCUUGAAACCCCUCCUUCCUGUGUCUGUGCGGAGUCAGAUAGAUGUGCUGGUCCCUCGCCAAUGCUUCUCCCUCAGCUAUGACCUGAACUGUGACAAACUAUGUGCCGACUUCCAGGAGGACAUCGAGUUCCAUUUUUCACUUGGGUGGACCAUGCUGGUGAAUAGGUUCCUGGGCCCCAAGAACACCCGUCGGGCCUUGAUGGGCUACAAUGACCAGGUUCAGCGUCCUGUCCCUCUGACACCAGCCAACCCCAGCAUGCCCCCGCUGCCACAGGGCUCCCUCACUCAAGAGGAACUCAUGGUUUCCAUGGUUACCGGCUUGGCCUCCCUGACGUCCAGGACCUCCAUGGGCAUUCUCGUUGUUGGAGGAGUGGUAUGGAAGGCAGUAGGCUGGCGGCUCAUUGCCCUCUCCUUUGGGCUGUACGGCCUCCUCUAUGUCUACGAGCGUCUGACCUGGACCACUAAGGCGAAGGAGAGGGCCUUCAAGCGCCAGUUUGUCGAGUAUGCCAGCGAGAAGCUGCAGCUCAUCAUCAGCUACACCGGUUCCAACUGCAGCCACCAAGUCCAGCAGGAACUGUCUGGGACCUUUGCUCAUCUGUGUCAGCAAGUUGACGUUACCCGGGAGAACCUAGAGCAGGAAAUUGCGGCCAUGAACAAGAAAAUUGAGGUUCUUGAUUCACUUCAGAGCAAAGCAAAGCUGCUCAGGAAUAAAGCUGGUUGGUUGGAUAGCGAGCUCAACAUGUUCACGCACCAGUACCUGCAGCCCAGCAGAUAGUGGGCGCCCCAGUGGGGCCUGCGUGGAGAACGGGGUGCUGCUAAUGCCCAGCCGCGUGGGCUCCCCUGGGGGCAUGUGUGGCCUUGCCCUGGUGCCACCAUGAGAACGAAGCACCCACUGUCUCGUGCCGUUUUGAGCCCCUCCAUGCUAGUUAUCUCCCCUCCUUCGCCUGCCAGUGCUGGAAGAUCUGGCUCACACCCCUAAAGGAGACUUUCUAACACGCCCAUGGACAACAUGGUACCUCCCAAGGAGUCAUGUCAAGGCUUUUCUCCUGUCAGGUUGUCUUGAUUGAAAUUUCUGGAUCGCUUGCUAUGGUCUCAGCAGCUCAGCUUUGCAGGACGCCACAUGGAGGCCCUCAGGGUAUCAGGCAGACACCCCACCUUCCUCUGCCCGUGCACCCCACACACCUGGAAAGAGGCUGCCUUAGGGGUGACUGGAUUCUCUUCCCAGAAGUAUCAGAAAGUUCCGCUAAGACCAAGUCUGUCCCAGAAGGAUGGUGGCUUGAUACUAGUGGUCCUUCAGCCGCAGCACUUCCUCGAGUUCAUUGAGCCCCCGCAGACACAUCUGGGCGGUGAGGCUGCCUGUGCCCUGGGCUCAGACCCAGGCCAGCCCUGUGCUGGGAGGGUGGGAAGGUGGGUGGAGGCAGCUGGCGGAGCCUCAGGAGGGGCGUGUCAGGUGCAUGGUGCUGUUGGAGUGGGUGGCCGGCUCCAUGACAAGGAGGGACUUGCCCCUCCUUUGCUGUAGUUCUGGUCCUUGCCUGUGGUGACCUAUGUUAUUGUUAGUGGAAGUUGUUUUGGUGCAGGUGGUUAAAGGAUGUAGUAGAGGGAUGGAGGGUGAGGUGGGGACCCCAGUGGCAGGCUGAGGGGAAUGGGCCGCACCCAGGAUGGCUGGAGAACAGGCCCCGCAUUUGACCUCGCUGUGUGAGGAGCUCAUGGGCCCAAGCGCCCCCACUGCACUAAUUUGAUUCCACCACUCCUAUGCCCCUUAGGAGACACGGCUCCACCUCCAACCUUAGCCAUGCCCCAAGCUGCCCUUGGCCACCAAUCAACUGGACUUCAGUUUCCUGUGCCAGUGACUGCAGUUGGCCAAAGGGGCAGUGUGGGAAGCUAUGUGAUACCUGUUCUCCGAACCUCCCUGGUCCCCAGAGCCUUGACUGACACACUUGUCCUCAUGUUUACUUUGAGAAUUGUUUCCUGUUGUUAAUUUUUCGGAUUGUGACUAAGUGGGGGUAGGCUCCUGUCACCAAAAUGUUAACUAUGUGGGGAAGACGGUGUUUGGGACCUUGGCAGCACAGGUCAGAGAGCUCCUGGAAGUAAGCAGCAUCUCUCCCAGAAAGCAGCUCCUCAGGCAGGGGCCCCGCAGAGUGUGCAGCGCAGCUCGGAUCUAGCCAUUACCCAGCUCUGGGGAAGUGAGUUGGUGGCCCCUGGGCACUGGGGGGCACAGGUGACAUGUGCUCCGCAUACCUGCUUGUGCUUCAAACCCUCAGUCUACACUGUUGCGUGGGACAAAGUGAUGGACUCUGGCAAGGUUAACCUGCAGUUAGGAUGUUCUGAGUGUCUGCUGGGCCUGGAUGGAUGAGGCCACCUCACAGCCUGUCAGGGAAAAUCAAUGUCACACAAUUCAAAUGGGUUUUGUGCUCUUUUUUUUUGAAGAAAGAAAAAAAUAAAAAACAAAGAACUUAGAACAAGCAUAAGAAUUUUUUUUUCAAUGUUUCCCCUGGGGAAUGAAUGAAAUUUCGAGCUUCUUACCCAAUAAGUAAAAUUAAAUUUAUACCACAGAGGGAGAGACCCUUUCUAAAAGAAGUGUGGCAGAAAGCACUUUAUUUUAAUGCUGCUAACUUUGUUCUCUGUUUUUGUGUUCAUCUGCCAGACUGCAAGAUGUGCUUGACACAGUGAGUUUUCUCUGAUGUAUUUAAGGUGAUGUAUUUGCCUGAAGUACUCCUGUAUCAUUGCUGAUAAUAUUGGAAACAAAAUAAAACCUAGUUAGAAAA